UGUCAUGGUGUAAUGCGUUCGCUCGCCAUUGACAUAAAUGACACGAUUGGAGAGAUGUUUGCGAUACUCAAGAUAUCAUGAGCAUUCCUCGCGUUCGUCUCAUCAUCGGCUGUGUAUGUCACAUAAACAGAAACUUGUUAUGAUACGCGCAAAAAAAAAGCUGCUUUUUGUAGCUGAACUGGUGCACACUUUCUGAGGUUAAAAAGAACCAGGUAUAUAACUGACUUGAUGUAAAAAAAGAGAGAGAAAGAGAGAAUUGAUGCAAGCUAGUGCAGUCAGAUGAGCUACAAAGAACAGACCAAAGAUCGCUUUCACUGCAGUAUUGCCGAGGACUAAUUGAGAGAUAAGCUCUCGAGUGUUUAUUAUAUUUCGCAGCUAUCUCCUAUUAGUCAUUAUCCGUAACAAUGGCGUGGACGAACUAUCAAUGUGUAUUAGCUAUACUACAAGUGGUCACAGGCUCAUUUAAUACCCUAUCAGUUAAAUUCGCAGACCAACAAAAAGUGCUUGACGAAAAUGGACAACCUAGACUCUUCAAUCAUCCUUUCAUGCAAUCGUCGUUUAUGUUCUUUGGAGAAUUUCUAUGUUUUUUAGCGUUCAAGUUUCUUUAUUAUUACUACAAUCGACGAAGUGAUGGUUCUGCGGAUAAUAAUGUGCUCACUAAGGGUACGAGAGUUUUCAAUCCCUUCAUCUUACUAAUACCUGCUAUGUGUGACAUGUUUGCAACAUCCAUAAUGUACAUUGGUCUGAAUAUGACUUAUGCAAGCAGCUUCCAAAUGUUGCGUGGAGCAGUGAUUAUCUUCACCGGAAUAUUUUCUGUUGCGUUUCUUCAUAGGAGAUUAGGAGCAUGGGAAUGGACGGGUAUCGUUUUUAUCAUAGGAGGUUUAGCAUGUGUCGGUGUCAGCGAUAUGUUAGUAACGGGCACCACCGUUACAGAUACGAACUCUAUACUUACUGGAGACUUGCUCAUUAUAUUUGCUCAGGUGAUAACAGCUGCUCAGAUGGUUGUGGAGGAAAAAUAUGUAGGAGGACUGGACAUACCUGCACUACAAGCUGUUGGAUGGGAAGGCAUCUUUGGUUUUAUUGGUAUAUGUCUUCUCAUGAUUCCUCUCAAUUACAUUAAGGUGCCACCACCAUUCUCAGACAAUUCACGUAACACACUCGAGGCUAGCGUGGAAGCUCUCAUCCAAAUUGGAAAUAGUAGCUAUUUAUUGAUAGCUGUCAUCGGCAUAGCAUUCAGUAUCGCUUUCUUUAAUUUUGCCGGUAUUAGCGUUACCAAGGAAAUAAGUGCUACAACGAGAAUGAUAUUGGACAGUGUUCGUACAUUCAUAAUCUGGGCUUUUUCUUUAGCAGUUGGAUGGCAAGUUUUCCAUUACUUGCAGGUUAUUGGCUUCAUAGUUCUCUUGAUUGGUAUGGCGUGCUACAACAACAUUGGCAUUCUGCAAUUAUUCAGACUACUUCGUAGUCGUUUGGGUCGUUUUAAUAUGUUACCUGGAAACAAAAAUCGUAUUAUUAAUAACGACGGUAUUAUUUAUGCCACCGGUAUUGUUAAUACCGCCGCAGAUGAUGUGCAAGAGACAAUAUGAGAAAUUGUUGACUACUGUACACUGCAACCAUUCUUAAAAAAAAAAAAAAAACUUUGAUUUUUUAUAAACAGACAAUCCUAAGAAUUCAUUGUAUCCUUUUCUUUUUGUUAUAUAGCUAACGUUUUUUAUGUAAAAUGGUCAUUGUAAAUAUGCUAUUAGACAAGAUAUCUGUUUAAAUUUCA